GAUGCAUUUUGCACGAUGAAUUCACGAGCUUACACAGUAGCUGGUGCAAUGUCAUCGCCUUGUUAGCAAACUGAAGGAGAAAAGGUCUGGAUGUGCGGCUGCAGACGUCCUUGUCUUCACUAAUGCUUGCCGAGGCUCGAUACUGUUGGUGAAGGAAGAAGCCUCUCAGUGAUGUUUUUGUCCUCGGUUUAAGACAUAAAGGAGGAAUUGUAUUCACCCCGACAGGAAGAGGGACCGCAGCUCGGGAAGUUCAUGUGCCGAAACCUGCUUUUUUGAGCCACAGUAGAAGGCUGACUGGACUGUGUCCCUUCUAUCACUCAAAAUGGCUAUUGUGCGACAAUUUGGACUUCUGGUGUGGAAAAACUAUCUUCAGCAGAAACGUCAAAUCCUGGUAACUCUGGUGGAGAUACUCCUGCCCCUGCUCUUCUCCGGCAUCCUCAUCGUGCUACGUCAGAAGGUGCCUUUUAAGGACUACCCAAAUGCCACCAUCUAUGAGAGCUACGCCGUUGACACGCUACACAGUAGAUUGUCGCACCGCUUGCAGCUGGCUUACGUGCCCGGUAACUCCAGUGUGGUACGUCAGGUGGCCGAGGAUGUGCGAGGGAGCCUGGCUCUCUCUUCAGUGCGUGGCUUUGAGACGGAGGAGCAGUUCGAGGACUAUGUGAGAAAUGACCCUCUGUCAGGAAAGCUGCUGGCUGCUGUGGUGUUUGAGCACCCCUUCACCCAUGAUGAUGAACCUCUGCCCCUAAAGGUGAGUUACCACCUGCGUUUCAGUUUCACCCCACGCAAUGCCCCACCCAAGGAGAGGUCGGAGCUGAACCCCAACAGUGACCUGGACUGGCACACGCUCAGCCUCUAUCCCCUCUUUCAGCUGCCAGGGCCGAGGGAGCAGUAUGACAAGGAAGGGGGCACGCCUGGUUAUUUCCGAGAGGGAUUCCUUGCUGUACAGCAUGCAGUGGACCUAGCCAUCAUGCGCUCUUACAACAGAACGUCUGCUGCCUCUUUGCUGGGACAUAUCCGAGUGGUCCUGUCGCGGUUUCCUUACCCUGCCUUUAUAUAUGACGUUUUCAUCCUAGCCAUUCAGAACCAACUGCCCCUACUACUGGUGCUCAGUUUUACCUACACCUCCCUCAACAUUGUACGAUCUGUGGUGCAGGAGAAGGAAAGGAAGCUCAAGGAGUACAUGAGGAUGAUGGGUCUCAGCAACUGGCUCCACUGGAGUGCCUGGUUCCUCAUGUUCUUCCUCUUCCUCUCCAUUUCAAUCUUUUUUGUCACUCUGCUCCUUUGUAUCCAGGUGAGCCCUAACGGAGCAGUGCUGACCUACAGCGACCCCACACUUGUCUUUGUCUUCCUGCUCGCCUUCACUGUGGCCACCAUCAACUUCAGCUUCAUGAUCAGUGCCUUCUUCUCACGAGCAAAUGUGGCAGCAGCAGCAGGCGGCUUCAUCUAUUUCCUGAGCUACCUGCCUUAUUUGUUCCUGUGGCCACGCUACGACCUGCUGAGCCAUGCCCAGAAGGUGUCGGCCUGCCUCAUCUCUAACGUGGCCAUGGCCAUGGGAGCUCAGCUCAUUGGAAUGUUUGAAGGCAAAGGAACGGGAAUCCAGUGGUCAAACUUGUUUGACUCUGUGACGGUGGACGAUGACUUCUCCCUGGCCCAGGUAUUAGGCUUGCUGCUGUUUGACUCUGUCCUCUAUGGGUUGGUGGCCUGGUACAUGGAGGCAGUUUUUCCUGGAGAGUACGGAGUGCCUCUACCAUCUUACUUCUUCGUACUGCCUUCAUACUGGUGCAGCAGCCCCCGCAUGGCUUUGGUGAAUGAGAAAGAGGAAGAGGAGGAUGCAGAAAAGGCUUUGAAAGGGGAGUUCAUAGAAGAGGAGCCAGCUGGACUAGUCUCCGGGGUAAAGAUUAAACAUCUCGCUAAGGAAUUCAAAGUAGGCAACAAGACACGGCAGGCUGUGCGGGAUCUUACAAUGAACAUGUUUGAGGGACAGGUCACGGUGCUGCUAGGACACAACGGUGCUGGGAAGACAACAACACUGUCCAUGUUGACAGGGCUGUUUCCUCCCACCAGUGGCAGGGCCUAUAUCAACGGUUACGACAUCUGUCAGGACAUGGCUAUGAUCCGCCGCAGUCUGGGACUCUGUCCCCAGCACGACGUACUGUUUGAUAACCUUACUGUCAGAGAACACCUGCUCUUCUAUGCUCAGCUGAAAGGCUUCUCCAAAGAGAAGAUUCCAGAUGAGGUAGACAGGACUAUCCGUAUCCUGAAUCUUGAGGACAAGCGACAGGCUCGCUCCAAGACCCUCUCUGGUGGCAUGAAGAGGAAACUCUCCAUUGGCAUUGCCCUCAUUGGAGACUCCAAGGUGGUGAUGUUAGAUGAGCCCACAUCAGGUAUGGACCCAUCAGCUCGACGUGCCACCUGGGACCUUCUGCAAGGGGAGAAGCGCGGUCGCACCAUCCUGCUCACCACGCACUUUAUGGACGAGGCCGACCUGCUCGGUGACCGCAUCGCCAUCAUGGCAGGAGGAGAGCUGCAGUGCAGCGGGUCACCACUCUUCCUUAAGAACAAAUAUGGUGCUGGUUACCACAUGGUGAUAGUAAAGGAUGCUCUUUGUAACGUGUCCGAGAUCACCCGCCUUGUCCACAUGUAUGUUCCUAAUGCCACACUGGAGAGCAGCGCGGGGGCAGAGCUGUCUUACAUCUUGCCCAAAGAAAGCACCAGCAGGUUUGAGCUGCUGUUUGCUGAGCUGGAGAUGAACAGAGAGGAGCUGGGCAUCGCCAGCUAUGGAGCUUCAGUAACCACUAUGGAAGAGGUUUUCCUCAGGGUGGGAAAGUUGGUGGAUUCUAGUUUGGACAUCCAGGCAAUCCAGCUGCCAGCCCUGCAGUAUCAACAUGAGAGACGCUCCCAUGACUGGGCCACAGAUGAUGCCAGCAGCAGCAGCGGCAUGACCGAUGUUACCGACUUCACAGACAGCGGCACGCUCAUCUCAGAGGACUGCUCCAACAUCAAGCUAAACACUGGGGCCAGACUACACCUGCAACAGUUUUAUGCCAUGUUCCUGAAGAGGGCCCUGUACAGCUGGAGAAACUGGAAGGUGAUGGUGGCUCAGUUCCUGGUCCCUUUGGUCUUCACCGUUGUGGCUUUAGUUGUGGCACGCACCAUUCCCAAUCACCAGGACGCUCCUCAGCUGAGGCUGGCACUCAGCCGCUAUGGUUCCACCAGGGUCCCUGUGGCUCUGCAGCCUAACGUAGGUCCCCUGGCCUCUGCCCUGGCAAAUACAUACAGUUCACAGCUCUCUGCCCAGCUUGGCCAGCUCAUCAAUAUCACAGACUUCACUGAUUUCAUCCUGACCCAGGCAGAGGAAGAAGGCGGCAGCUUUAAUGAGCGCUGUGUGGUGGGUGCUGCUUUCCGUGGCAGCAGCAGCCGAUUUGCAGAAGCAACAGCCUACUUCAAUAAUGAGGGCUACCAUACACCCGCCACGUCCCUAAUGUUGGUGGACAACGCUCUGUUCAAACUUCUAGCAGGUCCGAAUGCUUCCAUCCAGACGGGCAAUUACCCCAUGCCACGCAACCUGUCUGAGAUCGCCCACAGCCAGCUCAACGAGGGAAAGACAGGCUUCAUCAUCGCCAUCAACCUGAUGUACGGUAUGGCCUCCCUGUCUAGCACAUUUGCCCUCCUGCUCGUAACAGAGUCCUCUAUCAAGUCCAAGCAUGUCCAGCAGGUCAGCGGUGUCUACCUGUCAAACUUCUGGUUUUCUGCCUUGCUGUGGGACCUCGUCAAUUUCCUGCUGCCCUGUCUCCUCAUGCUGGUGGUGUUUCAGGCAUUUGGAAUCAAGGCUUUUGUAGACAACAACCACCUGGUAGAUGUGUUGUUGUUACUGCUGCUGUAUGGCUGGGCUGUUGUGCCUCUCAUGUACCUGCUCAGCUUCUUCUUUUCCACUGCCGCUACUGCCUACACACGCCUCACCAUCUUCAACAUGAUCUCUGGCACGGCCACCUUUCUGACUGUUACCAUCAUGACCAUCCCAGAGUUGAACCUGCAGGAGAUGUCGCACUUACUGGAUAAGGUGUUCCUGAUCUUUCCAAACUAUUGCCUGGGCAUGUCCUUCAGCCAGUUCUACCAGAACUACGAAUUCAUCUCGUUUUGCACUUCCAGUCCAAUCAGCGAGACAGUGUGCAAUUUCUUAAACAUCACGUACCAGAAAAACUACUUCUCGAUGUCGGAGCCUGGUGUGGGACGCUUCCUCGUGGCCUUCUCACUGCAGGGUGUAGUCUUUAUUAUUCUGCUGUUUGUCAUCGAGCUGCAGUGUGUCCACACUCUCCGGCGAUUCCUCACCUCCCUGGGCAGAAGACGUAAACAGGUACCUCUUAUAGAGGAUGCAGCACUGCUUCCAGAGGACAGGGAUGUGGCCGAAGAGAGGAAAAGGGUCCUGGAGUGCCAGCCAGUGUUAGAGUCUAUGGUUGGCAGUCCCCUCAUACUACAGGAGCUCAGCAAGGUGUACAGCAGCGGGGAAAGUCUUCUGGCUGUGGACAGGCUGUCUCUAGCUGUAGGGAAAGGGGAGUGUUUUGGCCUCCUGGGCUUCAAUGGAGCAGGCAAGACAACAACCUUUAAGAUGCUGACUGGUGAUGAGAGCGUUUCCUCCGGGGACGCCUACAUUGAUGGAUACAGCAUCUUGAGGGACAUUAAAAAGGUGCAGCAGCGCAUUGGUUACUGCCCUCAGUUUGAUGCCGUGUUGGACCACAUGACAGGAAGAGAAACUCUGAGUAUGUAUGCCAGGCUCAGAGGAAUACCAGAGAGGUAUGUGUCUGGCUGUGUGGAGAAUGUCUUGAGGUCGCUGCUGCUGGAGCCUCAUGCCGAUAAACUGAUCCGCAGCUACAGUGGCGGUAACAAGCGGAAGCUGAGUGCAGGCAUGGCUCUGAUUGGUGGGCCUCCGGUCAUCUUUCUGGAUGAGCCUUCGACCGGGAUGGACCCCGUAGCCAGGAGGCUGCUGUGGGACGCUGUUACACGCACACGGGAGUCUGGAAAGGCCAUAAUCAUCACUUCUCAUAGUAUGGAGGAGUGUGAGGCCCUGUGUACCAGGCUGGCAGUGAUGGUCAACGGUCAGUUCAAGUGCCUCGGGAGUCCCCAGCACCUGAAGAGCAAGUUUGGCAGUGGCUACACCCUGCUGGCAAAAAUACACAUAGAGGCUGAGUUGGAGGACAGUGACCUGCAGCUUUUUAAAGACUUCAUUGAAAGUACCUUCCCAGGAAGUCAACUAAAGGAUGAGCACCAGGGAAUGGUGCACUAUCAUUUGACUGACAAAACACUUACCUGGGCACAGGUGUUUGGCACUUUGGAGGCAGCCAAAGAGAAAUACCAGAUUGAAGACUACUGCGUGAGCCAGAUAUCACUGGAGCAGGUGUUUCUCAGCUUUGCCCAGUUCCAACACUGCACAGAGAGUAGGAGAAAGUAAGUGGAGCGAGGAAUCCGUCCAUCACGGCCUUGUUCGGUCACACAUCGAAUGUGUACACAGGCUGGAGCAGGUUUUAUCUCCAGCUCCAUUUUUACCUUGACCACCAACACACACACACACACACACACACACACACACACACACACACACACACACACACACACACACACACACACACACACACACACACACACACACACACACUGGGCCAGUCACAUCAACUUCAGCCUUUCUACUACUGUAUCAAGUCAGUGUGUGUUUUGUUGGGUCAUUCAUACCGUUGUUAUUGUGUGACAAAGAAGUAGAAUUGUAAUUAUGACGUGUGGGGGAUGAUGAAUAUACCAAGUAAUGAACUCUGCACUUUUUUUAGUGAGGUCAAAGACAAUGAAACCACUUACUAGAUACUACCACUACUCUGAAUUAUGUGUGACAGAGUUUUUUUGUGUAUGUACAGCUCGUCUUUUUUGUUAUUUAUGAUUUUAUUUGAUUGCUUAUGUUACCAAGAGUUUGUGCUUUUUUUUUCUGUGAUCAUCACAAGAGAAUAAACCACUCCAUUUGAUACGUGAAUGAAAUUGUUUGCACACCUUUGCGCCUUAUCUAACUAAAGAGGGUUCUUGUUUCUUUAUAUUACCCUGUACAAAAUGCCUGGUUAUCCUUGAGAGCCUCUUAAUGUUGUUGCCAGAUGUAAAUAAUGUGAUGUGUUCAUGGUACUAAAAACCACUUAACUCAUUCAGGCCAGAGCAGAACAUUUACUCUUUUAAAGGCAAAUUAAUGAAUGCAUGUAUACAAUAUGAUUAACAGAGUGCAUGAUACUAGAGAAGCAGAGAGCUGCUAGCGAUUACUAGAAGACCGUCCUCAUUGAAUAUUAAUUCUCAAAGUACAUUUAGUCCGGAGUACAUUUUAACACGCCUCCAUUGUCCAUGUCUUGGGAAACAAUGUUUUGGUUUUCCUGCCAAACAAGUUCCACCAAGAGUGUGUUACCAUGUGGACAUCCAGCCAAUUACAGUUUACAUGGAAGCUAUUUAGAAAUAAAUCAUUGUGUCACGCAGUGGAUUACUUUCAAAUGUUGUGGGAUGUCUUGACUUUAAAUCACGUUGUAUCAGACGGCAUGGGGUUGAUUUGGGCCUAAAAACUGCGUGCGUGUGAGUGUGUGUGUGUGUGUGUGUGUGUGUGUGUGUGUGUGUGUGUGUGUGCUUAAAAUUUGAUUUAAAAACUUUUUUGUAGCAAUACUUUUACAUCUUUGAAAUGUACAAUUUGGUGGAUAUAAAUUAAAUGAAUGUGUGUGUGUGGCAACUCAUGAUUCCUGAUUUCAUCCAGACUAUAGUUAAACUGUGCUAUGAUGAUAGUCCUUAAAUAUUGUGGGGACAACCUUUACUGCUGUAUAGAGCUGCUCCUUCAUUGAAGGUCAGGAAAUGCAUUAAAAAAAAAAAAAGGCCCAACAAUAGUAUAGAGGGUAAAAACGUAACAAAAAUCCUCUGCGUACAAAUAGAUACCUUGUUCUGAGGAAGCAUGAUCAGCGCAAUGUUUGUUCCUCUUUCAGUUGGAUGUGCUACUAUGAACCUAAUGUCUGAGCGUUCCCAAUGUAUCACUAUCUUAAAGCCUUGUUUGUACUUUAAAGAACUUGUAAAAAUAUGUAUGUAUUGUGUAAGAAUAUUUUGAAUAACUUUUGAAGUUUCAAAACAAUAUAUCCCCCACAUUGAUGAGAAGUUUCUUGCUUUUCAUCCAUGUUAAAGAUCAAUAAUAUAAUCUGGAAUGAAUCAACAAUCACAUUAACUGUACAAAUGCACAAAUGACAUUCCUACUCUCGAAAAAUCACUCUGACUUCACAGAAGUGAGAUGAAUGUAUUUACGGUCUUGCAGGAAAAGCAAAAAGCAUUCGCAGUUAUAAACUUAGAGGCGGACACUCUAGAAAGACACGGAUAUGUGGCUUAUUGGUCUUUAAAGAAUUUAACCUUCUAAUUUUUACUCUUUUGCUUGUGUAUUUUCAUAAUUUGUUUCUCAUUACAUGUAUGACUUGAAUCAAUUGCAAUGUUAGAUAUGUAGUUUGAGGAGAAAUAUACAGGUUUGCACUGCUGAAAUUGAAGGAUGGAGUUAUGCUGAAAUACAGUGAAUCAUAUUUGAAAAGGGAAUUUACAUCAUUGUAAAUGUGUACUGUACCAUGAAACUGACCUUGUCAACUGUAUAUGUAUCUCUAUUCUUUUUAAAUUAAAUAAUGCUCUAUGCAAA